AUGAAUACCAAGGUUCCCGAAGCUGAAGUCGGGCCCGUCGAGAAAGGCUCAUUCAAUGGCAAGCAGGAAGAUGUAGCAGCAAAGUUCCUCUCCCAGAUCCAUCCAAGCAUAACCCACGAGCCCGUCACUCCAGAAGAAGAUCGCAAACUGCUUUGGAAGAUCGAUCUCAUAAUUGUUCCGUUGCUAUCGAUCACGCUCAUACUCGCAGCAGUUGACAAGGUUAUCAUCGCGAAUGCGGCCAUUUAUGGAAUGAAGGAGGACACCCGUCUCACCGGGAACGACUACUCAUGGGUCGGAUCGAUCUUCUACUUUGGAUACCUCCUCUUUGAGUUCCCAGCUGCAUACUUGACUCAAAGACUGCCAGUAGCGAAGUUUCUGGUCGGGAACGUGGUAGCCUGGGGAGUGUUGAUGCUUUGCACGGGUGCCACGUCAAACUUUGCUGGAUUAGCAACAUGUCGGUUCAUCAUGGGCAUGGCAGAGGUUCCGGCAUUCCCCGUCUCGAGCAUCAUCACGGCGAUGUGGUGGAAGCGAUCCGAGCAGCCUAUCCGAGUGGCAUUCUGGCUCAACCAGGGCUCUUCGAUAUUCGCCGGGAGUAUCAGCUAUGGGAUCGGCCAUACGCAUACCUCCGUCGCACCCUGGAGGCUACUUUUUCUGGUCCUUGGUGCCUUCUCGAUCUUGUGGGCAGUGGUACUCUACUUUUUCCUGCCAGACUCGCCGGUCUCAUGCUGGUACUUGAGCGAGCGAGAAAAGUACGUUUGCCUGCGGCGGGUCCAAGGCAACAAUACUGGCAUGGAGGACAAGGUCUUCAAAUGGUACCAAGUACGGGAGUGUUUAGUGGACCCAAAGACAUGGCUUCUAGCGUUGUUCGCCGUGGCGCAGAACAUUCCGAAUGGAGGUCUUGUAAAUUUCCCAAGGUGUGGGACCUCCGAUAGCAAUUCGCUAAUGCUUCCAGGUCACUUUCAGCUCCAUCAUUGUUUCGGGUCUUGGAUACAACAGGCUGAUUACAACCGUGUGAGUGAACACAGAUCACACCGAUGCCAGAAUGGACAUCUGACCACACGUUAG